UAGGGUAUACACUUGCUCUGAGACUCACAUAUACUAUGUCUAAUGACUCCUUGACAAGGGCGCAUAUAGUUGGAGAUGUUCUAGACCCAUUUGCUAGCUCAGUGCCUCUAACUGUGAUGUAUGAUGGGAGGCCUGUGUUUAACGGGAUGGAGUUUCGCUCACCGGCGGUCACUCUGAAACCGAGAGUUGAGAUCGGGGGUGACGAUUUUCGAGUGGCCUAUACCCUAGUUAUGAUAGAUCCUGAUGCGCCUAAUCCCAGCAACCCAACGUUGAGGGAGUACCUGCAUUGGAUGGUGACUGAUGUCCCAGCAUCAACAGAUGAUAGCUUUGGACGAGAGAUCGUGCCAUACGAGAGCCCAAGCCCCACCAUGGGUAUCCACCGCAUCGUGCUGGUGCUGUAUCAGCAGCUGGGGCGUGGAACAGUGUUUGCGCCGCAAGUGCGCCAGAACUUCAACUCGCGCAGCUUCGCUCGCCGUUUCAACCUCGGAAAGCCCGUCGCCGCCAUGUACUUCAACUGCCAGCGCCCGACGGGCACCGGUGGGAGAAGGUUCACCUGAUCUGUCUCACUGACCGAUCAGCCAAGGCAAAGCUUGAGCCUAUAGUACACCCGCAAAAAAAAGAAAAAGAAAGCUUGAGCCUAUAUAGUAUACUCGUAUGUGCUGCAUCGCACGGACCUAUACCUAGCUAGCUAGAAUAAAUGUACUGGAUUCAUGUCUGGUCUAUCAAACUGAUGGGUCAGCCAUGUUCAGCUCGAAAGGCAAUUAAGCUCGAGCUUACCAGUACUCAGCAUGCGUGCUUAAGGAUGCACGUUAGCCGCAUCACACGGUACUUAGCUAGAAAGUUUGAAUAAUGUACCUGUGUUGUACUUGUAGGCUCCUUAAGUAAUGGGCCUUCACAAGGAUGUGUUGCUGCUGUUCAAGAAGGGAUGUGACAUUUUGUUACACCAUGGUAAUGAGAUAUGUAUGCGCGCGGUUGUUCUUA